UGAAGUUAUUCAUUUUAUGAAAUAUUUAAUAUUUUCUGCAAUGACUGUCGCUAGUGAUAUUAACACAGACUGUGACAGUAGUUUAUUGCUUAUGCUGAAAAAAGAAAAAAUAGGUGUAGAAACAUUUCCACAAUUAUAAAUGCAUUGAAUUGAACAUGAAAGUUUGAAACAGAAAUACUGUUCUUGUAAAAAAACAAAACAAAACAAAACAAAACAAAAAACUUUCUUUCCAAAUAUUGCUCCAAUAUUUAUUUAUUUAUUUAUUUACACAGUGUACAUUUAUUUAUUUAUUUAAUCUAUCUAUCACAGUGUACAAUUACCUUCAUGCCGUGAAUCAUAAUUUACAUGAUAAAUCGUGAGCUCUGAAUUUUGGCAGUACUUGAAAUAUAAAAAACUUUUGAUACUAAACAGCACCCUGUAAAUGCGUACGACAUGUUCCCUUCUAUAAAAAUGGAAUUGUUGGUAUUUUCUCGUCACUUUCUGCAUCUCGUCCCCCUCAUCUCAGUGUAAGCGUAUCCAGCAGCUGGCCCUGUCUGUCUCGAGCCGAGCGCACAGAUCGCUGGGCCUGUCUGCAGCACACACACUCUACUGUCUGCUGCCACUGCAUCUCACAGCUUCGAUAUGAGGCUGACCAAUGGAUUUUAAAGCUGAUUCGAAGCAGAACGUUCUAAGGUGAACAUGAAAGUCCUCAAAAACAUUCCACUGAUAGUUCUUCUGGCGUAUUUCAGCCUGAGUGAAGGGCUCCAGAGAGCACCCAGAAUCACAACAUUGCUUGAGACAGUGGAUGCCUCUCUGGAUCAUAACACUACUUUCAUCUGUGAGGUUGAUUCAUACCCUCAAGCUGAUAUUACAUGGACGCGGAAUAACUACCCAAUACGGUAUUACGAUUCCAGAUACAUUAUACGAGAAAAUGGCCAAAUGCUGAUCAUUCCCAGUGUAAAGGAUUCGGACAAUGGAGAAUACUGUUGCGUUGCUAGCAAUGGGAUUGGAGAACCGGCCAAGAGCUGCGGAGCUUUACAGCUGAAGAUGAAGCCUCAAAUCAAAAGACAUCCUACUAAUAUGACAUUGAUCGUGGAGUCCAAAGCAGUGUUGCCAUGUUUAACGUUAGGAUAUCCCAAACCCGACAUAUCCUGGAUUAAAGAAGAUGAUUUGAUAAAGGUUAAUAGUCGUAUAUCAGUUUUGGAAUCUGGUUCCCUAAAAAUUAACAACAUCAAGAAAGAGGACGCUGGACAGUAUCGCUGUGUGGCCAGGAACAGUUUUGGAAUCAUAUUCUCCAAACCAGUCACUAUUGAAGUACAAGCUCCUGCCAAGAUACUGAAAGUUCCCAAGGAGAAGAAAGUUCAGAUCGGAUCAGAGGUUACGCUGGAAUGUAACGCCACUGGCAACCCAAUCCCAUCCAUAACAUGGCUUGAAAACGGCAAUACGAUUUCCGGCGCGUCAGUGGAGGAGACGCUGGUGAAUGAAGUCAUCUUGUCUGUUCUGCGUUUGGUGGUUCAUAAACCAGCUCUCUACACCUGUCAGGCUACUAACCAGCACAGCGGAGGAGCCAACACCGUCAAAGCCACAGCCAAAAUAACCGUCUCAGGUGAGCUAAAGCACUGAUUCCUACUAGAUUCACUAGACUGUCUGCUGCUUUAUCCCUAAAAAUUUCAUUUUUUGAUACCCAACUGUAAAAAAUAACUAAAAUGAUAUAAAAAGAACCAAUUUAUUGCAGUAACAAUCAAUAUAGUUACUAUGCUAUUUAGCAGGAGGUACAGCUAACAUAGUAAAUAUUUACAUGGGUUAUAAACCCUGAGUAUAUGAGUGAUAUGAAACAGUAUUUUAUAUAUGACAGCUGUUAUCAUUACCGUUAUCAAUGUCAAAUUCCUGUUAUCUGCUGCAUAUUAAAUGUUACGACCAGGUUUUCAUGAUGAUUAGUCUGUUAUGAACUCUUGGUACCUUAAAACAGCGAAAGUAUCACUAUUAUUAAAAAAAAAAAAAAAAAAAGACUUAAAAUUGUGUCCAAAUGAUCCUAUAGUACAUGUACAGUAUAUGGAUUUAUAAUCAGUAAUGCCAACAUGUGAUGAACUGCACAAAAAAAGUACCAUGUUAACUGGAGUACACUACCAUUCAAAAGUUUGGUGUUAGUAAGAUAUUGUAUUUUAUUGACUGAUUGAGAGAUAAUUACUUUUAUUCUAUAAUGAAAAAAAAAAAUAAUAAUCAUGGUUUCCAUAAAAUAUGAAUCAACAAAAUAAUGUUGAAAAAUAAUAAUCAGAAAUGUUUCUUGAGCAGCAAAGCAUCAUAUUAGAAUGAGUUCCCAAGGAUCAUGUGACACUCAACACUAGAGUAAUGAUGCUGAAAAUUCAGCUUUAUAUCACAGAAAUAAAUUACAUUUGAACAUAUAUUCACAUAGAAAACAGUUUAAAUUGCAAUAAUAUUUCACAAUAUUACAGUUUUUAUUAUAUUUUUGAUCAAAUAAAUGGUGAACCUAAGAGACUUUGUAUAGAAACAAGUAAAUAAAUAAAUAAAUAAUCUUACCGAUCCAAAACUUUUAAACAGUAGUAAAAUACCAUUAUAUAUUUUCAUAUACUGCCUUAAUAAAUUUCAUAGUACUAGAUCACACAGUCAGAGUAACAAGUUACCACUUGAGUGUAUUAUUGUCAGGCUGUGAUGUCAGCAGUCAUAAUGUUUUAGCAAAAUCAAUUUGAAAUGCUUCUGUUAAUAAAGGCCCAUGAAACAAGUCUUGUAAACACAACCUUGCUGUGACCCACUGUUUCAGCCAUAUGCUUCUCUGGCUGCUCUGUGUAAAUAUGAAGUGACUGCUCUCGAAGUUUCAGCAGCUGUGUUUCUGCUGCCAGUAUUUCACUCAGCUUCCCCUGUGUUUGCAUAGCUGUUCUUUUGCCUCCUCCAAGCCCCGAAACCCAUCCUUGCGCAAACAUGCCCCAAAAGCCGCCUUGUGCCGCUUGAGCCACGUAGAGAAUGUGUACAAUACGAUUAGGCACUGAAUUAUUGAAUUAACUGAAUAAUAUAUGUGUUGGUCUUUUUGUUACCAAAAAGUACCAAAAAAAGAAAUUACCAACAAUUACCAGAAUUUCCCUAUUACAUUGCUCUCUGGAAUACCA